AUGAGCGGCGGUUCAAGUCCUGUGCGAAAGCACUUUUUACCUACAGAUCAGAAAAACGUCAUGCAAUGUAAAUAUUGUUCAGGACCUCAUUCGCUAGUGAAAUGUUCUAGAAACACAACAAAUAUGUUUAACCAUUUGAAGAUAAAUCACAUUGAGAUUUAUAAUGCGCUGAUGACAGAAAUUGAAAAUAAAAAAUCGAACAACCUACUGAAACGAAAACACGAAAGUAACGAAAAUUCAACGUCGACGAAUCAAUCAACUAGCGCGCAAAACAAUGAAUCUGUUAGUUCUAGUGCAAGCAAACCUUCGACGACUACUAAGCCAAGCGAACCAUCAGGCAGGGAAAAUAUUAAAACAUCUUUCUCAAAUGUGUCAUCGUUUCAAGAAGGAGGUACUAAACACAAAAUUCUUACAGAUAAAAUUUCACUAAUGAUCUGUAAAGAUAAUGAACCUUUUGCAAUGGUAGAAAGAGAAGGAUUUCAAAAAAUGAUGAAAUUUGCAGUUCCCAAUUAUAAAAUUCCUUCUAGGCAAACGUUUCUUAAUCACUUGGAUUCAAAAUACAACACGGUAUCUGAAAAGUAUAAGAAACUUUUGAAAAACGUAGAUUACGUGACGCUAACUACAGAUAUUUGGACAGAAACUAAAAACACACGGAGCUUUCUUGGUGUUACCGUUCAUUUUCGUGAUAAAUCUCAAUUGGUCUCUGGAAUACUGGGUGUAUAUGAACUGACUGAAAGUCACACUGCGAUACAUAUCAAAGAAAAGCUCGAAGCUGUAUGUACUGAAUGGGGAAUUGGUAAAAGCAUUAUUACAGCGAUCGUUACUGACAAUGCGGGAAAUAUGGUGCUUGCUGUCGAUUUACUUCUUGGGAAAAAUCAUCGCUUGAGCUGUUGUGCUCAUACUAUAAAUUUGGUAGCAACGGAUGCUAUGAAGAAAAUUGACGGAUUGGAUGACGUGAUGCUACCGACUUGUUGUGUAAAAAAAGUAAAUUGA